AUGGCCAGCGCUGCGGCGAAGAAGCUCCAGCGUGCCUGGUGGAAGGAGAGCUCCGUCUACCAGGUCUACCCGGCCUCGUUCCAGGACUCGAACGGCGAUGGGCUGGGCGACCUCAAGGGCAUCAUCUCGCGUGUGGACUACCUCAAGAACCUGGGUGUCGACAUCGUGUGGCUGUCGCCCAUCUUCGAGAGCCCCCAGGUCGACAUGGGUUACGACAUCAGCAACUAUAGGAAGAUCGACCCUUCAUACGGGGACAUUGGCGACGUCGACGUGCUGAGGGACAGGCUGCACGAGCGAGGCAUGAAGCUGGUCCUCGACCUGGUCACCAACCACACCAGCGACCAGCACCCCUGGUUCAAGGAGUCUCGCAAGUCCAAGGACAACCCCUUCCGCGACUGGUACAUCUGGAAGCCGCCCAGGUACGACGCCGAGGGUAACCGUCAGCCGCCCAACAACUGGGACGGCCAUUUCCAGGGCAGCGCCUGGGAAUACGACGAGGCCACGGACGAGUACUACCUCCACCUGUACGCCAAGGAGCAGCCCGACCUCAACUGGGAGAACCCCAAGGUGCGGGCCGAGGUGCACGGCAUCAUGCGCUUCUGGCUGGACCGGGGCUGCGACGGCUUCCGCAUGGACGUCAUCAACUUCGUCAGCAAGGACCAGAGGUUCCCAGACUCCGACGAGACGGUCCUGCGCGGCCACGAGUACUACGCCUGCGGGCCCCGCUGCCACGAGUUCCUCCGCGCCAUCGGAGACAUCCUCAAGGAGUACGACGCUUUCAGCGUCGGGGAGAUGCCCUGCGUGACGGACCCGGACGAGCUCGUCAAGGCCGUCGGCGCCGACCGUGGAGAGCUCAGCAUGAUCUUUCACUUUGAGCUGAUGAACAUUGACCACGGUCCUGAGGGCAAAUUCUCAGAGGGUAAAUGGGACCUGGCCAGGCUCAAGAAGACGGUUUCCAAGUGGCAGAGAUUCAUGAUUGACCACAACGGGUGGAACGCUCUAUACUUGGAGAACCACGAUCAGCCCCGCGCGCCCAGCCGCUUCGCCUACGACACGCCCGGGCUGCGGGAGCGCAGUGCCAAGAUGAUUGCCAUCUUUCUGGGAUUCCAGUCCGGCACGCCUUUCGUGUAUCAGGGCCAGGAGAUUGGCAUGACGAACGUUCCCAAGGAUUGGCCCAUCGAAGAGUACAAGGACAUUGAUUGCCUGAACCAUUGGAACCUCCACAAGGAUACCGCCGACGCCGAGACCAGGGCAGAGUACAUGAGCAGCUACCAGAAGAAGGCUCGCGACAACUCCCGGACGCCCAUGCAGUGGGACGGCAGCGCGCAGGCCGGCUUCACGACGGGCGACAAGCCGUGGAUGCGCGUCAACGACAACUACGAGACGGUCAACGCCGGAUCGCAGGUCGACGACCCCGACUCGGUAUACCACUGCUACCGCCAGGUGCUGGAGAAGCGCAAGGCCGACCGGGAGGUGUUCGUCUACGGCGACUGGGCGCUCGUCGACGAGCCCAACGAGUCCGUCUUCGCGUACAAGCGCAUCGCCGCCGACGGGAGGACGGCGCUGAUCGCCUGCAACUUUACCGACAAGGAGGUCAGGUGGGACGCCGGCGUGGCUAUCGAGGAGAUCCUCGUGACGCCGGGAGGCAAGAAGCUGGAGGAUGUGGCUUCUGGAGUGAUUACGCUCGGUCCCGUUGAGGGAUUGGCAGUGCUG